GGGUAGCUAGCUAGUAGCUAACAGAGCUGUCAAGGUAGGCAACGUGAAAGUUUAAAUAACUAUCCAAAACUGUGACAAGUUCGGAAAAGUGUCUUAGUCUGACAUUUUAUGCAGAAAUGGACUGACGACUUAUUUUUCAACGAACUAGUGUCGUGCAUUCACAUUUAAGCAACGACCCGUGCCCUUGCUAAGCUAGCAUCCAGCAAUGCCUCUCGUCGGAGCAAACCAACCACAAUUGAUUCGUUCAAGUCAGAAGGACGAAUAUUAUCAACACUGUCUCAGGAACAACACGAAUGAAGCUUUCCAGACUCUUGCAGGGUCCAAGAGAUGGCUGCACUGGAGAAAAGAGAUCCAACUCCUGUCAGACCUUGCAUACUAUGGUUUAACCACAUUCUCAGGGUACCAGACGUUGGGUGAGGAGUAUGUCAGUAUCAUCCAAGUGGACCCCACCCUGCGCAGGGUACCGUCGCGCGUCAGACGAGGAGCCCUGGUGCUUCUCCACAGCCUGUUUCCUUACCUACUGGACAAGCUGCUGGUGUGCCUGGAGAAUGAGCUGGAGGCGGGGGAGGAAAGCCUGGGAGGGGGAGGCCGGAGAGCAGCAGUGACCAGUCCCUGGAGCCCCGGAGCCUGGAUGAGAGGCUGGGUCCGGAGGGCGAUGGGGCUGCUGACAGAGCCCCAGAGGAGGGCGUGCGUGCCGGCCGUGUUGGUCCUCCAGCAGGGACUCUCCAUCCUCCACCGGGUGCACGUGGCCCUGUUUUACAUCAGCGGGGCCUUCUACCACCUGGGGAAGAGGACGGCCGGAGUCAGCUAUCUACGGGUGCGUGGUGUGACGGGGGAUGACGGGGCCGUCCGGAGCAGCUACAGGCUCCUGGGCGUGGUCUCCCUGCUGCAGCUGGCCCUCACGCUGGCCCUGCAACUCAACAACCUCCGGCAGAGACAGAGAGCCAGGCAGGAGUGGAGACAACACAGGAACCUGACCUCCAGGUCCCAGUCUGUAGAAGAGACUGACUCACCCCGUACCUCUCGCUGUAACCUGUGUCUGGAGGAGAGGAGGCACUCGACCUCCACUCCGUGUGGCCAUCUGUUCUGCUGGGAGUGCAUCACAGAGUGGUGCAACACCAAGACGGACUGCCCUUUAUGUCGUGAGAAGUUCCAGCCUACUCGACUAGUCUACCUGAGGAACUACUAGCCGAAGAGCCAGAACCUCUGACGUGGCUGUUAUUAUAUGGCUCACUUCCUAAAUGACUGGAUCGCCACAUCGGACUGUUGAAUCGUUAAACACAACUGUUUCUCUUUUGUCCGAGUUUAGCUAUCCCUUGUUGGGGUCACGUCUGAAUAGCAUCUCACUUAGAGAAUGGCUAGAGAUCUUAUUUUGGGGCGUUGAUUCAGAUAUUGCUGUGUCAAGAUAUCUCCAGUAUUAAAGAAAAUGUGUGCAUAAA